GUCAGUUGUCUCCGUCUCUCUCAAAUUGCUCUUCCUCUGAUUCUCUCCCUCACCAUUUGAAUCUUCUGACUUCUUUUUUCACCUAACAGCGAAGAGAGAAAGCAAAAGAAAAUACUGGGUUGAGGUUGGAGGGUGAUUCGAGUCAUUUUGAUUCUCUUUCCUUUUCCGGCAUAGCUUUUGGUACAGGCCUUCACUUUUUCCUUCCUCUCUGCGACUUUGCUUGAAAAAAUCCCUUUUCUUUUUCUUUUUUUUUUCCUGGGUCUUGGUCUCUCCUGCGAUUAAUACUACCCACAACAUUCUCUUUGGGUGACAUUUCCACUCCCACCCCUACUCCCACUCCCACUCUUUAUCUCUUCUUACUUUGUCACUUUCAUUGAAAUUUCUCGGCCUUCCAUAACUUUUUGGGAGACUAUUUAGUCUCUCUUUGUUGGUAGAUUUUAACUUUUCUCUCCGUUUCAAGCUUCUCUUUAACUUGUUUCAGUCUCAGCUUUCUUUAUAUCCUCUCCCUCUUUAUUCCCUCAAACGAAUCUGCCCCUUUUUGCCCGCUCUAUUUCAUAGUCUUCACCUCCGCACGUUCAAGCUCUUCAUCUUCAAUGCCUACAAAGUGAUUCUGCAAAAAAACCAAUCUAUUCAAUUGACUAAUCCAAGCAUAAUGCCUCCAAUCAAAUACACUGAACACCGCAGCCAUACCAGGCUAGUUAGGCCGUCAAAUUCGGGUCAAGAAACAAAAUCCAGAGUUAUUCGAAUAUCAGUCAUGGAUGCAGAUGCCACCGAUUCUUCAAGUGACGAGGAAGGUGAGGUUUAUGGAAGAAAGAGAGUGAAGAAGUUUGUGAACGAGGUUGUGGUAGAGUCCAGUACCAGCCAAAGCGACGGCGUUAGGAGAAGUUCGUCUCUAAGUAGCAGGAAAAAGGCGAAAAAGUCUGUCACAGCCGGAAAAGCAGGUAUCCCGGCGAGUCUCCGGCCAGUGACCGUGGGAAGAAAGUUUCGAGGCGUACGACAACGGCAGUGGGGGAAAUGGGCGGCGGAGAUCAGAGACCCUCUGCGACGUGUACGGCUCUGGUUAGGUACAUAUGAUACUGCAGAGGAGGCUGCUAUGGUCUACGACAACGCGGCUAUCCAGCUGCGUGGACCCGACGCGCUCACAAAUUUCGUCACUCCGCCUUCAAAACCCCAGCCGGAAAGCAAACCGGCUUUAUUUUGCGACUACAACUCUGGCGACGAGUCUCUGAACAACGAUAUCUCGUCACCGACCUCAGUGUUACGGUGCCCUUCUCCUCCUUCUUCAAAAGAAGAGGCCGAGACGCAUUGUGUGAUUUCAAGCAAGGAAGGCCCAGAAGUGGUAGCUUCGCACCGCAAAGAGUCAAGUAUGCAUAAGGAUUGCUCGGACCAUUCAACUUUUGGUGCUACUCUGUUUCCACGAGACAUGUACGAUUUUCAGACUUCUGUGCCGGACAUUGUCUACGAAACAAGUCUGAGAACCGGAUUUUGGAACGACGAUUUCGGCGAUAGAAUCAUGAAUUCGUGUAUGGAUUUCGGAUUCGGGUUUGGAUUCUCCAAGUGGCACGUGGAGGACCAUUUCCAAGAUAUAGGUGAUUUGUUUGGGUCGGAUCCUCUCGUUACAAUGUGAAUCUUCUUCAUUAUCGUAUUGCCAUUUAUUGCCCUUUUCCGGAGGCAACAAUUUUGUAUCGGCGGGAAGAACACAUCGGCCACGUUUUUACUUUUUUUUUUUAAAAUUUUAUUUAUGGUUUAUUAUUUAUUAAUUAAUUAUAAAUAUUAGUAAUGAAAAGAA